CGAUGGAUAGAACGCUCGAUGUGCUAGAACAUGCUGGUGACCCUUCAAAGCGUCCGAACGGUGGUUCACGUAUAUCGAGCCAGACUGACAGCGAUGAUGGUCUUGAUGAUGUACCCUUGGCAGAACUUGCCAAAAGACGGUACACUACUCGACGUCGCACGAGCCUACCAUUAUUACAGCAAGGCAAUCAAGGCGAUACAUUAGUGAAUCAAGAUGACACAUAUGAUGAUUCAAGCAGUAAGAGACAGACGGACGCACCAGAGCGUGUCGGUGAUCGUGCAAAGCGUACAAAGGUGGCAUCACGUAAAGUGAGUCAUCCCGUUAGUGAUGAAUUGAGUGCUGAUCUGGGCGAUGAUAUCCCUCAAUUGCGUGUCAAUGAAAUUCCAAACGUUCGACAUG